AUGGGAGAUAAGAUGGUCACCUGGAACGCUGGGAUUGAUGGGACAUGUGUUCUAUGUAUGCAGCAGCUGGAAACGAGAAACCAUCUAUUUUUCGGCUGCGAUUACUCCUCAUCACUAUGGUACAAGCUGAUGAAUGUUUUUAUGGGUAAUGGUUACUCAGAAGAGUGGAUUGAUGUCGUGCUCUUCAUACAGAAACCAAACCUGGAUCGAACCAGGAGCUUCCUUGUUCGUUACGUUUUUCAAUCUACAAUCUACAUGAUUUGGCGUGAGAGAAACUGCCGCAGGCAUGAUGAGAGGCCGCGAUCUCCUGAAGUUCUCUUUGCCAUGAUUGACAGACUGGUCAAGAACAGAAUUAUUUCCAUUAGAGCACAAGACAUGAGACUUGAUUGUGCUUUCCAACUUUGGAUUGGAGCUGUACAAGCUUGA